AUGAGCUCUGGUCAUCCAAGUGAAAGCCCAUCGGACAAACCUUCAACUUUUCCAUCACAGCACCCUACAGUAGUUCCUUCUGCAAGUCCUAGCGAAGGCCCCACUGGAAACCCCACCAAGGAACCUUCAGCUGUUCCUUCAGCAGACCCAACGGCAAAUCCCACCGGAAAUCCCACAGCACACCCGACAGAAACUCCCUCAGCAGAGCCUUCAGCUGUUCCAACCGCACAGCCGAGUGGUGGUCCCACUGGUGACCCCUCAAUUGAGCCAACUAGUCCACCAACGGCAAUCCCAAGCCAGAACCCUUCCACAGGUCCCACAGGAAUGCCCACCAAAGAACCGUCAUCUCUGCCUACGAUGGAGCCCAGUUCGGGUCCCACUAAUGACCCAACAGUUGAGCCAACCACAACACCAUCAUCAAACCCAAGUGAGACGCCCACUAUUGUUCCAUCCGAGAGUCCCAGUUCAGGCCCAACGGGUGUGCCAACCAAGACACCAACAGCAUCACCUUCCAGCAGCCCAAGCAGCAACCCCACAGGAUUUCCCACCGUUGCACCAACUACAAGCACACCCACAAGUGCCCCAACUGAAGUUCCAAGUGAAAGUCCCAGUUCAGGUCCAACAAGUGUGCCAACCAAGACUCCAACAGCGUCACCUUCAAGCACCCCAAGCAGCAACCCCACAGGAUCUCCAACCAUGUCACCUACAACCAGCACUCCAACCAGUGCCCCAACUGAAGUCCAAGUGAAAGUCCCAGUUCAGGCCCAACAAGUGUGCCAACCAAGACCCCAACAGCAUCGCCUUCAAGCAGCCCAAGCAGCAACCCUACAGUAG